UAAGACGCGAUCACAUGACUGGCGCACAGCCCCAGUCGCGACCCACGGAGCCAGCGCGCGUCCUACAGACCGGCUGUCAGUCGGGGAUCCCGCUUCAUUUGCGCAGAAGCCGGAGCCGCGCCGUUUCAGAUAUGUUAUGGAUAUGUUAUGGCAGUACCAGUUUAGGAUCAUACUACUGGGGGACUCCACAGUGGGCAAGUCGUCUUUGCUGAAGCGCUUCACGGACGGGGUAUACAGCGAUGUGGCGGACCCGACCGUGGGGGUGGAUUUCUACGCUCGGUCACUGGAGAUCGAGCCUGGGGUGAAAAUCAAACUGCAGCUUUGGGACACGGCCGGUCAAGAGCGCUUCAGGUCGAUAACAAGCUCGUACUACCGGAAUUCGGUUGGCGGGCUGCUGGUGUUCGACCUGACCAGCAGGAAGACGUUUGAGCACAUUCGAGACUGGCAGCAGGAGGUCAGCGAGCAUGUGACCCCGCACCAAAUGCUCUACAUCCUGGUUGGCCACAAGAGCGACCUGGUGAAGGAACGCAAAGUGUCCCGGGAGGAAGGGGAGCGUCUGGCGGCGGCACUGGGCAUUCGAUACGUGGAGACGUCGGCCAAGUGCAACACCAACGUAGACCGGGCCUUCGAGAUGCUCACCUGCGACAUCUACGAGAUGAUGAAGCGCGGCGAAAUCUCUGCUUACGAGGGCUGGGAUGGUGUCAAGUGUGGUUUCAGUGCCCGAGCUCUCUACCUGCCCCAGGAAGACACUGAGCAGGAGAAAAGGUGUCAAUGUUAACAAAAGCCUACAUGAAGUGGCACCGAAUCCCCCUGCCAUUGCCUGAAUCCAUCGCAGAGGAGUUUGUCUGUUUGUAAACUCUUUAUAGUAUGCACAAGCCAGCUCCUGCUGUGAUGUCAUCAUUGUGGGCCGGCAGCCUGUCUGUAGCACCAAAUAAGGCUUCUGUUUGCACUAGCGCUGUGUGAAAAUCACACCAGUUGGGGGCAGAAAACAGAAGCACAUGACAGAGGUGGGGGAGGACCCUGGAAUAAUAAGGCGAUUAGGAAUGGGAUUUCCUAUCCCAGGGUUCAGGGGGACUGGGCAAGAACUGGGUCAGGACUGUCGGGAUGAGACACCAGAGAGCCGUUAUACUCAGAGAAGGAGAUCUUUUGAAUUGAGAGGUGUGCUUUGAGGACCAUGGAUCAGACCUGCAGUCGGGAUGGUCAUAGAGAACAGGAUAGGUUUACUAUGUCAAUAAGAAUGUAACCCAUCACUGUGUUGUGUCAUACAUGUGCAAGGAACAGAUUGAAUGACUCAGCAUUAACAACUGACUCUCCCUCCAGAAAUGGGAAUACCCCUCCAACUCACACACAUAUAACCUCAACCCCCUAACACUGUGUGGGAUGGGGGGGCAGAUAACACUGUACGCUGAACAUGGUGCCCUUCCUUGCCCUUGGCAAAUGAAAGCUCGUUCUGUUGUGCUGACUUUGCAUGAUCAGAACACGGCUGAGUGGCUUCAGUUCCGGCCCAGUUCCUCUGCCCUGCAGGUACUUAGCAAGGCUGCCAUCUGUCGGUUACUGUCGAGUGUUGGAAAGGAUCGCGGUGCCGAUUUCGUAAACGUUAACCGAGAGCUGCUCUGUUCUUCACAUCAAAAUCUCGACUCAAAUAUGUGACAAGCCAAAAAAAAGGAUGCUGUAAUCUGUAUAUCCACCUUCUGUAAGGAUUAGUAAUAAGUUGUAGGUUUGUAUAUUUUGAAUUUAUGCCAUCUGUCAUCUUCUGUUCACAAGAAGGGAAUCAUGCAGGCUGACCUUGGAGGGGGGGGGGGGGCCUCGGUACCAUAAAUGGAGACACAUUACCCCACACAUUGUGUCAUUGUGUCAUCACUGGCCCAGCUUGGCAUCACAGCGCCAUAAUUAGUGAGAUAUUAUUCACAAGCGAGGGUCUGUCCUACCCCCCGUCACUGAAGUCACUUGGUGUGGGCGCUGUAGUGGGUAGAGAGUACCAGUGGGGGGGCUUUGCUUUCAUUCUGACUUCCUGCAGAGGGUGCAGCUGCCUUCCCGCCAGACCGAGAGUACAGUACAUAAUGAAACCACAGCUAAAUAAAAACAGCUUUAUUUCUUUAAGCGAGAAGCAUGCUGCAGAUUCACAGACAUCUCCCUGGAUGGAGAGGUCAUCUAUUUAAAGCCUGUUUGCUUUGCUUAAUCCUUCUGCCCUGUGCGAUGGUAUGGCAAGAUGUAUUCCAUAGUGCAGCAAUGAGCAUGUAUAGCUUCAGAAAUGGUGAAAUACAGGAAGGUACACUGCCAGUGAAAUGGCACAGUACCGUUAGAAAAAAAAAAGACUAAGAUACCAGAAUGUUCCAGAACAUGUUCAUCAGCCAUCAGAUAAUUGAUAGGCAUGAUGUGAUAUUUCAACUUUUAUGUACGUAUGCCUCAGUUUAUACCAUAUGUUUGGGUCUAGAGUCUGAAUUACACUCCAGUGCUUCAAAGUUCGGCAGUAAUCUGGCUCAAUCACUCGUGACCUGGUUACCAUGGCAACCCCCCCAUACCCCCCCCCCAACACAGCCAUUGCAACAGGAAAAAUCAUAUCAAGGGCGUGGGAUGCAGAGAGCGUCAGUGGUCAAGUCAUAGGACAGACAUGAACUUGAACUUCUGUAUCGAAUUUUGACUUCUGAUCUCGGUAGCUCUUUCAUUUACAGUGUGUCUCUAAUCUCUGAUUAGUUUCCUUCAGCAGAAUUUUUGGUAAAGCUGAUCAAGAAAAAUAUAGAACACAAAUGAAUAUUUAA